UCGGGGCUUGUCAGACAACCACCCACCAGGCGCACGGACCAGGCUGCUCUCACUUUCCCUAAUCUUAUUAUUAGUCUCCCUUAACUGAUAUGUGUAUGUGAACAUGUCCCCAAAAACCCCGAAGAACAGCUAAACAGGCAAAAUAAGGACUUUAAUGUACUAGCAAGCUAGCGACACACACACCAGCCAUGGAGUUCAACAAACUGCUGACAUUGUGGAUACUUUGCUUGUGUCUCAUUGGAGAAAGUUGGACUGAAAAACCAGCUUCACCUACACCCGAGAGUCCGACUGUUGAAAAUGGGGUGUCAGAUCUGUGUCGCAUCGACGAGCCACUAUGCAAAGAUGAGAACGCCAUUCUCAGCUACGAGGCUAUCCGUAGUAUCCACAAGCAGAUGGAUGAUGACGCAAACGGCAAUGUAGACGUCGUAGAAACAGACGGCUUCCUGAGAGAAGAUCUAAACUACCAUGACACGAAGGGCAGGCAUAACAGCUUCCACGGGGAUGACCAGCUCAUCAGUGUGGUGGACUUGUGGAACGCAUGGAAGGGCUCUGAAGUGUAUAAUUGGACAGUGGAUGAGGUGGUGGAAUGGCUCAUCACCUAUGUGGAACUGCCACAAUACGUGGAUGCCUUUCGCAAGAUGAGUUUUAAUGGAAGUGCCAUGCCAAGGCUCGCCGUAAAGAACACCACUCUGACACACUCUAUUCUGAAGAUUUUGGAUCGCAGCCAUGUGCAAAAGUUGCAGCUCAAAGCUUUGGACACCGUACUGUUUGGAGCGCCCCUGAUGAAUAGACAUAACCACCUGAAGGACUUCAUGCUGGUCGUGUCAAUAGUCAUCGGCAUGGGUGGCUGCUGGUUUGCCUACAUUCAGAACCGCUACUCAAAGGACCACAUGAAGAAGAUGAUGAAAGACCUUGAGGGCCUGCAGAGAGCUGAACAGAGUCUACAUGACCUGCAACAGAAGCUGCAGAUCGCCCAGGAGGAGCAUCGUACAGUCGAAGUAGAGAAGGUUAACCUGGAGCAGAAGCUGAGGGAUGAGAUCAACGCAGCCAAGCAGGAGGCCCAACGUCUGAGGGAGCUGCGCGAGGGCACAGAGAAUGAACUGAGCCGCCAAAAGUAUGCUGAAGAAGAGCUUGAUCAGGAAUUUGGCAGGAACAGCGCAGCACAUCCCACACAAGUGCGCAUGGCGUUGAAGAAGGCAGAGAAGGAGCUGGAGUCACGGUGUAGCUGGUCACCUCCAGAGUCUCUCCAGAAGUGGCUGCAGCUCACCCAUGAGGUAGAAGUGCAGUACUACAACAUCAAGAAACAAAAUGCUGAACGACAGCUCCUGGUGGCCAAAGAAGGGGCAGAGAAGAUAAAGAAAAAAAGAAACACUCUUUUCGGGACUUUCCAUGUGGCUCACAGCUCCUCUCUUGAUGACGUGGACCACAAAAUACUGGCUGCAAAACAAGCCCUGGGUGAGGUGACAGCUGCUCUGCGGGAGCGGCUUCAUCGUUGGCAGCAGAUAGAGAUCCUCACAGGUUUUACCAUCGUCAACAACCCAGGCCUUCCUUCCCUGGCCUCUUCCCUCAACCUUGAUCCCAGUUUCAUGGGCGGCAGAGCCACGCCCCAGCACUUCAUCAUGUCCGAUGACAUGGAUGACUUGGAUGAGGAUAUCGUGCCUGGAACUCUGCAAUAUGUCACCCGACUGUUGGAACGGCGAACCAGCGACGCGUGGUCCGUCGGUUCAGACUGUCAGCACAUGUGGAAAAAUCCCGCUCCCAGUAUGAUGUCCCUGCGCCAACGCCACAUUGAUCCCCAGCUGGCCAUGGGUUCCCAGAGGUUGGUAGAGAGUUCGCUGUUGGCGGGGCAGCAGGGGGAGGGAACGCCAUACCCAUCCAGAUCUAGGGCUACCCUCAAACAGUCACGCAGCCAGUCGUUUGGGCAGCUCGAGUGUCUCCCUCUGCCUUCUCUUUCUUCGGCUGUGUCUCAUCCCUCUGUCAUCUGUACCUCCAACCCAUACCCUCAUUCCCAGUCCUCCUCCUCUUCCUCCUGCAUACCCAGCUCUGUGGGCAGCGUGGUAGCCCCUCAUUCCUCCCAUAUGUAUCAUACUUCUUUCCAGCCCAUGGACCCCAUUCCUGAUUUCACCUUCUCAGAUGUCUCCAAAGCACACAGCUCGCGCAGGGACAGCCUCGGGGACCUAAAUCGCUCUGACUCUGACUCCUCCCUGUCCCUUUCCCAAGUUGGUGAUCGGCUAUCUGCCUACAGCUCCAAAGGCCUCCUAAUCAAGCCCACCUCUCUCAUGCACGGCCUAUCUGGUCGUGCAGAUGACACCAUCUCUCUGCAUGCUCACACCCCCAAUGGAGGGAACCGUAUUCAUGAGAUCAGUCCUGCAGAGCCCGUCUCUGACAGCCCUAUACUCAUGAAGAAGGUGUACGGCGUUGAGCAGUCUCCCAGCCUGGGAGAGAUCAACAGUCUGUCAGAGUCAUCCCGCUCCCUCAGCCCCAAUUCCACUGAACCUGACACGCCGUCACCUACAGGAGGGCAACCAGGGGCAGUGGGGGCGAAGGGCAACAGCCGCAUCCCGCAGCUCUCCGCCAAGAAGAGCCCACUGGAGGAGGACAGUGGCUCUACGGGAGAAGACACAGAUUCCACUGCCAGCCGCAAGAAACACACCUUCAAGAUCUUCAAGAAACAGAGGAAAUAAGGGCUACAUGAACUUCAGGCUGUCAAAGCUGUUUGACUGUAUUCCUCUGGUCUGUUUUUGAAAAAGAAAAAGUUUCCAAAAAGUUUUGUGGGUUCUUUAAGGGUCAAAUGAUGGCACAAUUUGGUGCCGUUGCAUCUUUUUGUGGGUACGACACCUACUCUAAGAAACUGUGGGAGCAACCAGCUGUUCAGUUCUAUCUGUUUAUUUGGUCAAUGUUGUGGGGAAUGGGUAGGUUUGUAUAUUGGAAUGUAAAGUAUUAUUUAUUCUGCAGGAAGUUGUGCCAGUCUCAAAGGGAAAUGUGUCUCCCAGUUGGUUUUUCUUUCUUGUUCUACAAUCUAUAACAUUUUGCAUGUCUUCACUUUUGUUUGACUGAUACUCGAAUGCUCUUAGUGUUUGCUUGGUUCUCGUCGUUAACCUGCUUAGACAACACUUGGUGUUUCUUUUAUUACUACCUAACCACCUAGCCUACAAAUCCAAAGUGAAUGUGCACUCUUUUUUUCACUGAAUACUUUGUUUUUAUCGAUGGCUACACGUUUUUCCGUCCUAUGUUGUCUUCUUCUUGGCAGAGCAAACGAUACAUUCAGGAGGUCUUCAAACAGAAAAGUAGUCGUAGAACGCUCGGACUAGUAUUUAAGUGAUUUAAAUUUCACUUUUGGCUGUCAAAAAAUGUAUCAAGUGCCAUUUGAGUGCAGCAAUAGUAGCUACUUCCAGUUAUUCCCUAGAAAUAAAACAAAGUAGGUUAAGAAACGCUUGAAACCUUGGAGUUUGACAUGAGGUUUAUGUCCCUACAGGAAGUUACAAAAGGACCAUCGAAUUGCAGCCUUAGACCUUUUGCUUUAUUUUUAGUAUUUAGGUGUUUACUGCAUGUGAGCAUUGGAGAGUGAGGGAGAAGUGCUUUGCUUAAAUGGCCAGCUUUUAAACAGUGCCAGCAAAUUAAACCUGUGGUUAAUAUUUGGAUUGAAACAUAUCCUGGAGCAGGAAGUCAUCAAGUGAUUAAAUUUCCUAACUUAAAUAUCUAGCUUGGAUUAUUGUGUUACCAAAAACAUUACUUCCAAUGAGGCUGCGUGACUGCGUUGAAUUUGAAAACUGGGGUACUACUUUGGAGAAAGUGCAUGGUAUCAUACAGUAUAUCAUGACCUAUUUAUCAAAGAUUUUAACACCAAACACAUGAAGCACAUUAUUCAGCUAUUUUUAAAAAAAAAAUGUAUUUUUUGUUUUUGAAGAUGAUCCUCUUAAAAUAUAAAUGGGGACCAACAUUUUCCACUGAUACCCCUUUUCCCUCAACGUGGAACAGGUUUUGUUCCUGUUCCUGCACCUAAUUUUGAGCUGUUGAGGCAUUUCCACCAAAAAUAAAUACAUUUGGAACCCAAAAAAAGUUUCCAGCUGGAACCAAAAAAUAGGUUUGUCUUGACCUUAAGUGUAAACCAUGACAAGAUAAGUUGGCUUGUCACUUUCUAUGGACUCAAGAGAGAGGCUGGAGUGUUCAAAGAAAUAGUCUUCUAUGUCUUAUUCUCAAUAAUAGUUGCUCCAUGCAUGUUUUCAGGAGAAAAACAAAUAUCUGUAAUAACAGAUCAAAAGCUCGCAGUAAUCAGCCACCUUGCCACUACUGUUAACUUCUGUUGUGAAUUGUGCAACGCCCUCUGUUGAAGACUUAUCCUUGAUAAGAAUGCCUCUGCUAAAAAUGGUGCUAAAUGGCACCAAGGUUUCAAAAAAUCCUGAUCAAAAUCAGUUCAAGAACCAGAGCUAAUUUGGUGGAGGAGGGGUACAAGUGUUAAUUUGAUGAAUGGGGUGCGACAUUAACUUGGAUUUCAGCGCCUGCAGUCCCGUCUUAUUGUUUCCGUUUAAAUGACUUUUUCUGUGGACAAUGAAAAUGUCACAGUAGUUUGUCAGUGAGAGAUAGGUGCUGGAAAGGGCUAUUAGUUAGAAGGCAAAAUCAUUUGCUUUUUGUACGACAGAAAUGUUCAAGAUGUAUCCACUUUGUAAUCCACCUUUUAUGGAAGAUUUAGCUCAACAAGUCAUGAAAGCAGAAAACGAUUCACGUCAAAGUGCCAAAUCACUAUUUCUGUCAGAGGCCUUUGUAUUUGUAGUGUGUUCAGCCCGUUGAACCCCGUUUACACAGAACAAUAAACCACAUGAUAUAUAUAUAUAAAUAUAUACAGUCUGUAAUGUAUAUCCUGAGUUUAAGCGCUGAAUGUCCAAGGGUAUUGUUCUGUAACAGUAUCAUCAGUACAGUAUGUUUACAGAUAAUGAUUAUCCUCAGACUAUCACGACAAAGAACAUUGUGCCAGUUUUAAUAUUGACAGCUUCAUAUGAGCACAGAACUAUGCAUCAGUAGUUGUAGGUGAUUAUUAAAGUAGUAAGGACGCCAGUACACUUAGGGUGUUCCUGACCAAUGAACAACCAAAAAGUGCUGCAAAAGACACAGUUGGCCUCUCCCAGCCUCAUAAUGUAACAGGUGGUUUGGAUGUACAAGACAUGUUUGAAUAUUUUCUUUUAGAAACCAGCUUAAAAAAUAUAUAUCAAUUUCCUACUGGUACCUUUUUUAAAGUGUCAUUUGUACCUCUUUUGCACGACAGAGCUGUAAAUGGAUUAUGCCAUCUGAAUGUGUGUGAGUGUGUUGUGUGAGUGUGUGCGUCCGUCUGCUCCCAGUAUAAUGCACUGUAAUGUUGAUGCAUGUCAACUGCUGUAACAAAACCUAUAUUGGGUUAAAAGAGUGGAUCAGCUUAAGCUCCUUACUCCCCACCCUCCUUUUUCUUUCUCUUUACUUUGAGCUUCUAUUUAUGAAUACACAGUAUAUUUGUACAGAGAAAAUGAUAAUUUUGCAUCUUCUGUGAUGGUCUAGACUUUUAUGGCACUCCUGCAUGAUAGCAAUAAACUAUUUUGAAUGAAAGAUGAGCUGAUCUGUCAUGGACAUUACACUACAUGCUGCACAACACCUCUCAACUGGAGAGGGUGUUUUCUGUUAAAGGAACAGUAUGUAAGAUUUAGGGGUUUUUUUUGGCAUUUAGCGUUUAGUUGCGGGGGGCUGGAGCCUAUCCCAGCCGACAUUGGGCGAGAGGAAGGGCACACCCUGAACAGGUUGCCAGACUGACAACAGACAGACAACCAUUCACACUCACAUUCACACCUACGGCCAAUUUAGAGUCACCAAUUAACCUGCAUGUCUUUGGACUGUUGGAGGAAUCUGGAGUACCCGGAGAAAACCCACGCUGACACGGGGAGAACAUGCACAGAAGGGCGCCCUCCUGGGAUUGAAGCAGGAACCCUCUUGCUGUGAGGCGACAGUGCUAACCACUAUACAACCGUGCCGCCUGAUUUAAAGCAGUAAAAACAAAAUAAGGCAGUUUCAUGUCAUAAAUCAGUGUUUCUCCUGCAUUGCUUGGUAUGUCAGAGAUGGACAGCUGGCUCAGCACCUGCUUAUAUGUGCUCACCUAUCUUCACUGAUAACUCAAGAUCCAGAUGUUCAGGAGGAUUUUACCAAAAGCCAAAUAAUCCAGAGAGGUCUCUUUGUCUCCUGUUCUGGGUUAUAAACGGGCUAUUCUUGUUUUUUUUAUAAUCAGUAACUUUAACUGUUUUCUUUUGAACAGAAAAAAACAGUAUCAGAUGGGAUACAUCAUAUGGCCAUUUAAAUUUGUUAAAAUAGGGUACAAUACAAGGACCGGAGAAGUUACACAGUGGUAUAAUUAGACAGACAAUGCUGAGACAAACUGACUACACAACAAUUAAUACUAAUAAAUAAAGAUAAAAGAGGUUAAAAAAUCA